AUGUUCGCUUGCGUAAAGUUCAUUAAUGAGAGCCAAACGCACACGAAAAGGCCUAUCAUUUUUCCUUUGGAAGAUGUUGAUGUGCAGGGGAGUGAUUUCGAUAAAAGCAAAAUUUAUAAGGUGAAGUGUCUUAAAGACAAGCCUGCCUCUAGUGCCAGAAGUAGGCUGACCCGUAAGAGGACCCAUUUUCCUGCGGUCGUGGAAACACAGGAGGAACAUGAAAGCGACGAAGAUUAUGAAGUUGCAGAAAAAAGAAAAACUAAGCAAAGGUUGGUGAAUCUUCAAAAAAGAUCCAAUCAGCCUGCUAAAAAACCGUUAAUGAUGAUGAUGCAGAUUAAUCAUGACGAGGAUGAUUAAGAUGCGAAAUCUGUAAAAGAAUUGA